CCUAUAAUUGUUCAACCAGUGGAACAUAUUUCACAGACAAGGAACUUAUUUCACAAGGUGAGGAACAAAUCUCACAAACCCAUAACGUAUUUCACCAGAGUAAGACUGUUAAAAAAACUUGAAAUGGAACAAAACGAAUUUCCAGUAAGGUCUGGUAUGGAUGAUCCAAAUACAAAAUGGCGUCAUGGAAAACCGGACUACACUGUGGUUAACAAGAAAUUCAUGCGCGAGAAAAGUAAGAAUCACCAAGCUGGAUCUUUGGAGAAAACAGUGGAAGAUUUAGUGAAAUCCUGGGAGAUGGAAAGUUCACACAAAUCUGAUCUUAAGGAUUGGACAACGAUAUCAAAAGAUGGUGAUUUUUAUUUCCAAGUUAAUGGCGGUAAAAAGUUCACAGGAGAUGACAAUGUAAAGCUAGGCAACUACAACAUGAUGUUAUUGGACUCGCCGUUUAUAGAUGUGUCAAAGGAAACACAUGAUUCAUCACAUGAUCUCUUCAAAAGGGCAUUUCCGGAAGGAUUUCCCUGGGAAGUUCUCGACGUUUUAUCGGGUCCACCAAUAGUAAGCUUUACAUGGCGACAUUGGACAAAAUGGACUGGUCCAUAUAAAGACCAGAAACCAACAGGAGAGAAAAUUGAAAUGGUUGGUUCAUGCGUAGCGGAAGUAACGUCAGAUAUGAAAAUCAAAUAUAUUCAGGUGUAUUUUGAUCCAAAUCCAGUUAUGGCAAAACUAACAGGAUACAAAUGUCCAUUGUCUUUAAUCAAAUGAUCAAUGAUAUAUCCAAACUGCAUAAUUCCACUAUUUAUAUUAUAUUAUGAAGGUUUCUUUAGUUUUUUAACCAUUUUUCGCUCAUUGUUCUUUAUUUUAAAAAUAAUGGCUACACCGUCAUUACUUCAUAACUGUUCGGGACAUUGUUUUUUUUUGUAAUCAGUGUUUUGUACCCAUUUUUUAUUUUUUUUUGCUUCGCAUAACGGUGCGGAGCUAUUAUAGUUUCAGUCGAAAUAAAAGCCAUCUUGAAAAACAUACUGAUCGCGUAUUGAUUCUGAUUGGUUGCAUUGUAAUGGGACUGAGAUACAGAACAGCUAUUGGUUUAAAGGAGAUAAAGAAUUACAGCCUUUUUAACUUUUUUGGAUUCGAGCGUCACUGAUGAGUCUUUUGUAGACGAAACGCGCUUCUGGCUUAUAUACUAAAUUUAGUCCUGGUAUCUAUGAUGAGUUUAUUUACAACCACUGGGUCGAUGCCACUGCUGGUGGAGAUUUAUUUCCCCGAGGGUAUUACAAGCCCAGUAGUCAGAACUUUUUGUGUUGACAUGAAUUGUCAUUGAUAUAGUUAUAUUUUUAAAUUUACUGUUUACAAAUUUUUGAAUUUUUUGAAAUACUAAGGUUUUUCUACAUCAGGCAUGGAUUACUUUAGCUGUAUUUGGCAAAAAAUUUAGGAAUUUUGGUCCUCAAUACUCUUCAGCUUCGUACUUUAUUUGUUUUUUUUAACAUUUUUAGAUUCGAGCGUCACUGAUGAGUCUUUUGUAGACGAAACGCGCGUCUGGCAUACUUAAAACAUUUACUCCAUGAGUUUAUUUAUUAUGCAUACAUUUCACAGAUAAAUCCAAUAUUGAAAUAUCAAUCAUUAAUACGUGUUUAAUUGCUUUGUUACUCUGCAAUUUGCACGAUUUGCUUUGCUAAACAAUGUUCCUAUACAAUGUUUACAAAAAUGCAUUUUCUGUAUUUUAUAACUUCUGACAAUAUAGGCACACCUCCAGAAAUAAAUUAGUAUUGGUGGUGUGGUAUUUUUU